GGGGCUGCGGAAAGGGGCUGGGCUGGGCUGGGCUGGGCUGUCUGCAGCUCUAGUCCAGGAGGCUGAGACUUCGAGAGGGACUGAGGAGCAGGCACACGCAUCCCAGACUCACUGGAGGACAAGCUUUGCCAGGUGAACUUGAGACAUGUCUGACACAAGCGAGAGUGGUGCAGAUCCAGCUCGCUCUCAGGGCAAAGCUUCAGAAAAGGACAGCAGCUCCGCGAUACAGGACCUGUUGACCGUGACCCAGAACUUGGAGGUCUCAGAGACACCAAAGGCUGAAAAGGCACCAGAGGUCUCAGAGGCUUCGAAGGCUCCAAAAGCCCCUGGGAACCCAAAGGCGACAGAGGUCUCAAAGGCCCCAGAGGCUUCUGAGGCAGCUGCCACCCAGGCCUCACCUACCACACAGCUGAGCGAGACCCAGGUUCUGGCCGCUGAAAACAAGAGUCCAGCAGCUGACACCAAGACGCAGAAGGCAGACCUGCAGGCUAUGUCAAUGCCUGCAACCCAGACCAAAAAGGUCAGCUGUGGUACCGAUCCGAAGAUCAAUACAAAGGCUCCGGAGACUGAGGCUCCUGCCUCUCAGGCUGGGGCAGAUGAACCAGAGCCUGAGGGUGCAGCUGUCCAGGUUCAGGAGAAUCAGGAUACUCGGCCCAAGGUCAAAGCCAAGGAUACCCAAAAGGGGAAACACCUGGAUGGAGAAGACGAUGGCAACAGUGAUCAGAGUCAGGCCUCAGAAGCCACAGGUGGUCGAAGGGUCUCAAAGGCCCUAAUGGCCUCCAUGGCCCGCAGAGCUUCAAGGGGACCCAUAGCCUUUUGGGCCCGCAGGGCAUCAAGGACUCGGUUGGCUGCCUGGGCUCGGAGAGCUUUGCUCUCCCUGAGGUCACCUAGGGCUCGCAGAGGCAAGGCCCGGAGAAGAGCUGCCAAACUGCAGUCAGCCCAGGAGCCUGAGGCACCCCCACCCAGAGAUGUGGCCCUUUUACAAGGAAGGGCAAAUGAUUUGGUAAAGUACCUGUUGGCUAAAGAUCAGACAAAGAUUCCCAUCAGACGCUCAGAUAUGCUGAAGGACAUCAUCAAAGAAUAUACUGAUGUAUACCCUGAAAUCAUUGAACGAGCAGGCUAUUCCUUGGAGAAGGUAUUUGGAAUCCAAUUGAAAGAAAUUGACAAGAAUGACCACUUGUAUAUUCUUCUCAGUACCUUAGAGCCAACUGAUGCAGGCAUACUGGGAACGGUCAUCUGGGAGGUGCUGCGCAAGUUGGGGCUGCGCCCUGGGAUUCAUCACUCACUCUUUGGAGAUGUGAAGAAGCUCAUUACUGAUGAGUUUGUGAAGCAGAAGUACCUGGACUACGCCAGAGUACCCAAUAGCAAUCCUCCUGAGUAUGAGUUCUUCUGGGGCCUACGUUCUUACUAUGAGACCAGCAAGAUGAAAGUUCUCAAGUUUGCUUGUAAGGUGCAAAAGAAGGAUCCCAAGGAAUGGGCAGCUCAGUACCGAGAGGCAAUGGAAGCAGAUUUGAAGGCUGCAGCUGAAGCUGCUGCUGAAGCCAAGGCGAGGGCUGAGAUUAGAGCUCAGAUGGGCAUUGGGCUUGGCUCUGAGAAUGCUGCUGGGCCCUGCAACUGGGACGAAGCUGAUAUUGGACCCUGGGCAAAGGCCCGGAUCCAAGCAGGAGCUGAAACUAAAGCCAAAGCUCAAGGAAGUGGUGGUACCAGUGCCAGUGCUGGUGCCGGUGCCAGUACCAGUGCCAGUGUUGGUGCCAGUGGCAGUGCCAGCGCUGGGGCCAGUGCUGGGGCCAGUGGUGGCUUCAGUAACAACUCCAGCCUGACUGCCAGUCUUACAUUUGGGCUCUUCGCUGGCCUUAGUGGAGCUGGGGCCAGUACCAGCAGCAGCUCUGGUGCCUGUGGUUUCUCCUACAAGUGAGAUACAGAAUGCUAAUAAUCACAGCGUCUUCGUCUCAAGCUGGGGUGCACUCUCAGAAAUGUACUCAAUGCAGCACUCCAGGCAGCCACUAUCAAUCGACUGAAGUCGACACUCUAUAUUAAAUCUAUUUGCCAUUUCUGA